CUCCUCAUUGUUGUGAUAGCUACAAAUAACAAUUUUAUUUUAUUUGAUCAAGGUCAAUACUACACCUGCCUAGCUAUACAGAUUGGAUCAUUGUUGUGAUAGCUACUAAUUUUCCCAUCCUUUGUGAGUGAAAAGAGAUCAGAAAAAUGGCUUACAAUCUUCAACCCCUCAUCACCAUCCUACAACAAAUCUUGAAUCCUGAACAAUCAUGCUGGAUUGUUGAUCACAACAAACCACAACUCGAAUCCCUCCUCCAAAAAGCUGCUUAUCUGCAGCAGAUCCUUGAAAAAUCUUCACUCCCCAAAAACAUAGAAAACUUGGAAAGUCAAAUCAGAGAUGCAGCACAUAGAGCAGAAGAUAUCAUUGAAUCUCAGAUGGUUGAUCAAAUUCUUUCCAGCCCCGAAGGCGAGAGGUUCACUUUUUCCACACCAGAUCUACAACAAGUAAUGCAACUACUUGAUUCCGCAAUGGAACAAGUGGUGAAACUUGCAGAGGAGAAGACAAUGCCGAGUGGUAGUUCAUCGAGUGGUGCUUCUCUGUUGCAAGAUCCGAGUUUGAAGAGCGUCGUGGUGGGAGUUGAUGAAGAUCUGAUGCAGUUGAAGGAUCGGCUGACUGGGAUGCAGAGCAAGCUGGAGAUAGUGCCCAUCGUUGGUAUGGGUGGUAUAGGUAAAACAACUCUUGCUCGAAAACUUUAUGAUGAUCCUUCCAUUGUUAUGCACUUUGAAUAUGCUCGUGCUUGGGCCACAAUUUCACAAGAUUAUAAUAUGAAGGCAAUUCUAUUAAGCCUUCUUCGCUGCAUAAUUGGAAAAGAAUGUGACCAACAUAAUGAAAAGGGAGAUGGUGAGUUAAAAGAUAUCUUGUAUAGGAGCUUGUAUGGUAGAAGAUACAUGAUUGUAUUAGAUGAUAUUUGGAGCACCAAGUUCUGGGAUGAGAUAAGAAUGUACUUCCCAGAUAACAAUAACAGGAGUCGGAUCGUGAUCACCACUAGGGAAUCAGAUGUCGCCAAAUAUGCUGACUCUAAGAGCGUGCAGCAUCAGGUGCAGCUACUAAGCGAGUCUCAAAGUUGGGAUCUACUUCGCCAAAUUGUGUUUGGAGAAGAGGAUUGGCCUCGUGAAUUACAAGGGAUAGGAGAGAAGAUUUCAAGUGAUUGUGGUGGGCUUCCUCUUGCCAUCAGUGUGAUUGGAGGGCUCUUGUCCAAGUUGGAAAGAUCAAAAGAUGUUUGGGAGAAUAUUGGGAACAACGUGAGAGCUGCGAUUGGUGAAUCAGACAAGCAGUUCUCGAAUAUACUAUCCUUAAGCUAUAACCAUUUGCCGCUUCACUUGAAACCAUGUUUCCUAUAUAUGGGAGCUUUCCCUGAAGAUUACGAAAUUAAGGCCUCGAGACUCAUAAAGAUGUGGAUAGGGGAAGGAUUUGUGAAAACAAAUGGAGAAAAAAGUUUGGAUGAAGAGGCAGAGGAUUAUCUAAAGUCACUCGUGGAAAGGAAUCUACUUUCGGUUAAACGUUGUAAUUGGUAUGGAAAACCAAAGAGCUACAACAUCCAUGAUCUUUUGAGAGACGUAUGCAUGAGAAAAGCUGAUGAUGAGAAGUUUCUAUGCGUCAAGAAUGCCCCUGAGGUCACGUUCUCUAACCUGCGUCGUAUGAGUUUUCACACAUCAGAUGGAGUGGAAGUUGAUGAGUAUGCUUCAUCCGAGAUGUCGCUUGCUCGAUCAUGUGUGGUCUAUGAUGCCGCACUGGACUUAUCUCCCAUGUUUGGCAUACUAAGCUUGCUUAGGGUGUUGGAUUUGUUGGCAAUGGUUUUCAGUGAGUUCCCGGAAGAAAUAUUACGACUUGUGAACCUACGCUACUUGGCUAUCGACUGCUAUUCAUUACCUAGCAGUGGAAUAUCAAGAUUGUGUAAUUUGCAAACUUUGAUUGCUACUAAUCUAUCCGACGACUUGGUCCCAGCUGAGCUGUGGGAGAUGUCUGAGUUAAGACAUCUCAUAUUGGAUAUAGAAGGUGAUGAUGAUCACGUGAAAAUAAUAGUUCUGAAGAAGCUGCAGACUCUACGGUGUGUGAAGCUAAGUAGUUCAGAUAUUUGGGUGGUUUCUUGGAAAGAAUUCCAAAUAUAAAAAACUUGGGAAUCUUUUUGUGUGAUGAUGAUCCAUCGUUGAGUGCAGUUGAUCUCACUCAUCUUCACAAACUCGAAACAUUAAGAUUUUGGUCAACAAAAGAUACAUAUUUUGUGAGACUCAACUUUCCUUCAACACUCAGAAAAUUAACUCUUAGCUGGUGUCUAAUAAAUCCGAGAGUCUUGAGGGUUCUAUGUGCACUACCAAAUCUGGAGGUGCUCAAGAUGGGACGCUGUACCUUCAAAACCAAGGAGACGAGUCAAGAGUUAGAAGAAGAAGAAGAAGAAGAAGACGAAGAAGAAGAAGAGUGGGAAAUAGAAGAAGGAGAUGAGUUCAGCUCAUUGCAGUUUCUACAACUCAAUUAUUUAGAUGUGGUGCGUUGGAGAGCUGAUGAAACUAACUUCCCUAGACUCCGACAUCUCAUUUUACGAGGUUGUUAUCAUCUUGAGGAAAUCCCCGCCGGCAUUGGAGAAAUCCCAACCCUCCAAUUAAUCGAGUUAGAAGAGUGCAGCGAUUCUGCAGUGGCCUCAGCCAAACAGAUUCAGGAAGAGCAGCAAUCUGAAUACGGAAACUACGACCUCCAACUUCGUAUCGUCUCAUAUUAGAGAUCGGAGCAACCAAAGUGACUGUUUCGGAUGGAUUCAUCCUCAAAAGUCAGGCUAUAUAUCGAGGAGAGGGUACUUAACGUGUUAUAAACCACAUGUCUCAGCCUAUACUUAACCGAUGUGGAAUGGAUCAUGACACAUUCCUCACGUUCGAGGCCAAGAUCUGCAGUCAUGCAAAGACAUAUUUUGAAUUCAUUUACUUGUAUUAUUUACGAAUUUUCAUCUCUAUGCCAUUUUUAAUUAAAACCUUAUUGUAGUUUUUUAACAAUGAUUUUAUAUUGUGUGGUGUAUACUUUUUAUUUUUUU